AGCUCCGAGAGAGGGAGCGGGAGGCUGCAGGUGGAGGGUGCAAACGGAGAGUGGAACCAAGUGGGGAAGGCGUAAAGGAUGAGGUGGGGACCCCGAAGAAGAGGUCUCUCUUGUUAGGAGGAAUAGAAAGGACGAGGAGGAAGAAGAGGAGGAGAGGGUGGCUUCAAGGGAACUGUUGGCGGGAGAGUGAUGCUUCUCUUAGCCGCUGCUUGAACAAAAACCAAGACUGAGGAGGAGAAGAAGAAGAAGAAGAAGAAGAAGAAGAAGAAGCACUUACUCCGAAGAGAGCGAGAGAGAUCUGGGAGGACAUGAAGAGGACGGGAGAGGGGGACGGAUCUCUUUUAAUUGAGGCUCACAUGAACGCGUGGACAUGACCCCGGUGUGCGUGUGUGAGGAGGUCUUCUCCGGGUGAUGGCUGCCUGUUGGCUCUAACUGUGGCUGCUCCUUUGAAGUCGUCCCGGGAGACAAGAACUUGUGUGACAGGAAGUGUCGGAGUGGACUCGCGGGGAAGUGGGAAAGGUUCCCAACAGCGGCCACAGUUGCUCUGUCUUGGGCGGAAGAAGAAGAAGGGGACUCAAGCACCUUCCCUGGUGUGUAACUGAAAAGGCCGGGGUCAGCUUCAUUGUCCCUCUCCUCAGUGGAUGCCUCCAAACCGCCGCCAUGGGAGAAUGGACCAUCCUCGAGCGCCUCCUGGAGGCGGCCGUGCAGCAGCACUCCACUAUGAUAGGAAGGAUACUGCUGACGGUGGUUGUGAUCUUUCGCAUCCUGAUAGUGGCUAUUGUGGGGGAGACGGUUUAUGAGGAUGAGCAGACCAUGUUCAUCUGCAACACCCUGCAGCCGGGAUGCAACCAGGCGUGCUAUGACAAGGCCUUUCCUAUUUCCCAUAUCCGCUACUGGGUUUUCCAGAUCAUACUGGUGUGCACGCCCAGCCUCUGCUUCAUCACGUACUCCGUUCACCAGUCGGCCAAACAGAGAGACAGGCGUUACUCCUUCCUAUAUCCCAUAAUGGAGCGAGACUAUGGAGGAAGGGAUGGGGCGCGAAAGCUCCGAAAUAUUAACGGGAUUUUAGUUCAGCACGGCGGUGACGGCGGAGGAGGUAAAGAAGAACCGGACUGCCUUGAAGUGAAGGAGAUCCCUAACGCCCCCCGAGGCCUCACCCACGGGAAGAGCUCCAAAGUACGUCGACAGGAAGGGAUCUCACGGUUUUACAUCAUCCAGGUGGUGUUCCGAAACGCCCUGGAGAUCGGAUUUUUGGCAGGCCAGUACUUUCUCUACGGCUUCAGCGUGCCUGGGAUUUUCGAAUGUGACCGCUACCCGUGUCUAAAGGAGGUGGAGUGCUACGUGUCCCGCCCCACGGAAAAAACGGUUUUCCUGGUGUUCAUGUUCGCGGUGAGCGGAAUUUGCGUGGUGCUCAACCUGGCCGAGCUCAACCAUCUGGGCUGGCGCAAGAUUAAAGCGGCCAUCAGGGGCGUCCAGGCCCGCAGGAAAUCCAUUUGUGAGAUCAGGAAGAAAGACAUGGCGCAUCUGUCCCAACCGCCCAACCUGGGGCGCACACAGUCCAGCGAGUCAGCUUACGUCUGAUGAUAAAGAGCAGAGGAAGAGGAGUGGAAUGAAUGUGCAGGGAGUGCAAAAAGAUAAAAAAAAGGCAGCGGCUAUGAUUUUUAAAGGGAUGGAGAGGUCAAAUCAGUUGAAAGGACGCCUCUCUGUGAUGAUGGGAUGAAGACCAACCCUCCACCUGGGUCACUUUCAGAGUGAAAACUGAAAAUUCAAGCAUCUUUUGAGAGCUGUUCUACCUGCAUUUUUUUUAAACUACAAUCUCCUCUGUCCUAUUUUAAAUCCUCAAAAGGCAGGACAGGGAACAACUGAGUGGAAGAGAACUGUUUUAUGUUAUUUUGGGCUGGUGGGAUUGGGGAGGCUGGGGGGUUGGGGGGGAGGACAUGACGACAGUCCAUGGUGCUUUUCUGGACUGUGUCAGCGUCAGUGAAAAAAAGGCAUGGACGAAGGGUCAGGGGGGGGUGAGCCUCAACAGCGUGAGGAAAAGGAACGGAAGACCCGUCGAAGCCGACGUCGGGGGGAGGAAUGAGGAAAGUUUGUGAGGGCGUAAGAUUAGAACGUGAAAGAGGAGUCGCAUCCCCCCCAGCGGCGGGAGAGUGAAGCCGAGUGAGAAAAAGCUGCUUCUGAUCACCGUCAUCCUUGUCCAAGCCAAAGCCAAGAGAAGAAGACUGAUGAUGUUUAUGUUUUGUCUCUUGGCAAAAGAUUAUUUCAACACAAACACAGCUAGUACCACCCCCCUAAACCCCCUCCCCAACCCCUCAGCCCCUUCCCUAUUUGUCGCUUACGCCACAGUUGGCAGCUAUGCUAGACCCCCAGGGGGGCUGAGGAUGACAGUAAUGACCCCCUUGCUGCUCUCCUUCUACGUCCAUGUUGGAGAGGAACAAGUGAACAGGAAGACGCGGAGUGUGUAAACGCUCCCAAAGCACAAACCAAACGAUCCUCCGAUUGCGGCAUUCCAGGGCGCUGAGAGUCGAGGGAGAGGGAACGAGAGGAGAAGCCAUCAUUUUAUUUUUACAGCUUGAAUUCAUUCUGUGACAUUUAUUAACGACGUCUUAUGCUUUUCUUUUGAGAACGCAAUGGUGCCAUCCUUGACAGAUUUUAAACAUUCUUGAAAAGAUGAAUAUAGCGUAUCAAUGAUGUUAUUUAUACAUUUAGAGUAUAUCCAAAUAGAUUUAUUUAUCUUUAUGGGUGAGUCCUUUGGGACGUCACGUUCAGAUUUCCAAAUGUGUUUGUCUUUUUUUUUUUUUUUGUAUUCUUUUUCAUUAAUGAGACUGCUUAUUGACAUGAGAAUGAAAGGGUUACCCCUCGUGAGCUUUUGUUUUUCCAAAUAAUAUUAGUGCGUGCCACUGAUUUUGCGAAGUCCUCCGGAUAGCCAGCGUCCUCUGCAGCGGACAUUUAUGUUUUGCAGAGCAUGCCGGCAAUUGUCUGACGACUAGGGAUGUGUACUGAAUCAGUACAACCGGGUACCAAUUCACGUAAAAUCAAACAGUGCCAUAUUCCGAUACCUUUGUAGCACGGCACGUCAGGUCCGAUUGCAGACUCGGAUAUGAAUACCGUAUUUUUCGGAGUAUAAGUCGCUCUGGAGUAUAAGGCUCACCUGUCGAAAAUGCAUAGUAAAGAAUGAAAAAAAAAACAUAUAUAAGUCGCACUGCAGUAUAAGUCGCAUUUUAGGGGGAAAUUUAUUUGAUAAAACCCAACACCAAGUAUAGACAUUUGAAAGGCAAUUUAAAAUAAAUAAAAAAUAAAGAAUAGUGAACAACAGGCUGAAUAAGUGUACGUUAUAUGACGCAUAAAUAACCAACUGCGAAGGUGCCUGGUAUGUUAACGUAAAAUGGUAAGAGUCAUUCAAAUAACUAUAACAUAUAGAACAUGCUACACGUUUACCAAACAAUCUGUCACUCCUAAUUGCUAAAGCCGAUGAAAUCUUAUACGUCUAGUCUGUUACGUGAAUGAGCUAAAUAAUAUUAUUUGAUAUUUUACGGUAAUGUGUUAAUAAUUUCACACUUAAGUCGCUCCUGAGUAUAAGUCUCAUCCCCGGUCAAACUAUGAAAAAAACUGCGACUUAUAGUCCGAAAUAUACGGUAGUCAAGCACUCAUAGCGGACUCAGCGGUACUGAACAUGUUCCCUGCCAACAAAGCACAAGGCGCUCAUAAGCAGAGUAAGGCGCCAUUUUUCAAACUGCGCUAGCUCGAUGCUAAUUUACAUUAGAUUUGCCAUAGACAUGCUAACGAUUAUCAUUAGCGAUUAUACAUGGCGAUUUCAACACCUCCAAAUUUAGUAAUAAAAACUACAACAGGGAUGCAAGUUACAAUGAAACAGCUGUAAUAAGUACAAAUCUUACAGUAUAAACACCUCGUAGGGUUCAACAAAAGAAAAGACUUGCACAUUCAACUUACUGGCAAAGACUACUUCCUAGCUUAGGUGACACACUGUAGUCUAUACACUACUGCCAUCUAUCCUCUUGGAAUUGCAACUGCAUGCUUCAACCCAGCAGGCAUAAAACAUUGAAACAAUGUUGAGAACCUGUAGAAUUAGGUCCUGAGCAGUUCUAACUUAACGUUGAAACAACAUGCUUUUUGACGACGUUUGAUCACUGUCAGGUUGUGACGUUGCUUUGACCAUUGAGAUUUGGUCGUUUCCCAACCAACGACGUGGAUCCAACGUUAGACAUCAACGGUGUCUCAAAUGUACAAAUACAACUAUUUUGCAACAUUGCUUCAGUGUCAGUUUUAAAGAUCAUUUAUGUAUAAACAACAUUGUAUGAAUGUCUUGUGCCUGCUGGGAUAAUAAUAAUGCAGUACAGUACUUGCAAGUGAGACACAAAAUUGUAAGAAAACAAGAUAACAAUUGAAUAGCACAGCUCAGUAUUACAUGUUAAAUGAAUAUUUUUGAACACACAUUAGAACACAACAUUGGUACCGUUUAUUACUGGUAUUGAGUCCCAAGUACCGGGAUUGAAAUGUGAAAGGUACCCAUCCCUAUUGGCAGACAGUCCAGGCUAUACCAUGCCUCCCGCACAAUCAGCUGGGAUAGGCUCCAGCACGCCUGCGACCCUUAUGAGGUUAAGCGGCACAGAAAGUAGAUGGUUAGCUAUUUCCCGAAAAUGUGUAGCUCAGACAAAAUAAAACAAACGGCCACUGCAGAGGAUGCUGGUUCUCAGGACGAUAUGCAAUGUUUUGAAAAGUGCUGGGAAAAAAAUAAUCAAAAGUUUGUUCAUUCUUCCCCACAGAAAGCCUUGUUUUGUUUCAUCAAAAUCUGCUGCACAGCUUCAGGCAACUGAGGCCUGUGAGCCAUUUGAAAAAAAAAAGGCAUGUUUACAUGAUGCAAUGUUGUUGAAUGAUCAAGCUGUGUUACCAAUGAAUAGUAGAUUGCAUGUGCAUUGAUCCCCUGAGGGGGUUUCAGCUUGCAUGCAAUGUAUGAGGAACGUAAAAGAGAGCUUUGAAAGAAGAAUGAUUUUUUUUUUUUUAAAGUGUUGCACCUUGAUUUGGGAGAGUGGCAGACAGAAGGAACUCUGAUUAGGUAGAAUUGUGUUGUCAGACACACACAUAAAAACUGUUACAAACUCACUGUGCGCCUAUGAAACCAGAUAUAUGGACAGUAUUGUUGACUACAAAAGGGGUUUGGCUACCUCUUCAUCUGUCGGCAACCGAGAACGACCCAUUUAAAUCAUUUUUACUGAUUCUCGUACUGAGACAAAGAUGCCUCGACACGGUGAUGAUGAUAUCAGUUGUGACUAAACACCAGAAUGCUUCUUACGCACAACAUAGCAAACUCAACAGAUACGUUGUCUUAUGUGGUAGUCACCAGAGGGGAAGAAACAACAGAUUAUUAAUCACAAGGCACUUAGGGUUAGAGCGAGGGGAUUUAACCCUACCCUCAUACAUGAAAAAAACAUAUGUCCAAUGUUUACAACGUUAACAAGUCACCUGAUUACAAUCGCACAAUGUACAUAAUAUGCAUACCAAUAAUAAUAAUCAGUUCAAAUGACCGACGCUAUAACUGUUUUAAAUGUGGAUCUGUUUACAUGUACAUUCUUACUGAUAUAGGGUCAAGUCAAGUAGCGCUAGCAAGGCACUGUCCUGUGCAACACAGCGUACUAUCGCACAGCCACACUCACAUCCGUUACAUUAGCAGAACUGGCGUUCAACUUCAAAGGUUUCAAUGUAUGUCUGUUAGAGUUACAUUUAAUAAUGUAAACGCUCUGUGAAGCCCUUUUAUCUACAAACCCCUUUUCCAUAUGAGUUGGGACAUUGUGUUAGAUGUAAAUAUAAACGGAAUACAAUGAUUUACAAAUCAUUGUGUUCUGUUUAUAUUUACAUCUAACACGAUUUUCCCAAGUCAUAUGGAAACAGGGUUUGUAUUUUUAAAAAGGCGUAUUAUUGACUAUGCCAGCCAAAACAGACCCUAAUGACAGGGCCCACAAGUAGUUUUAUUACGCCUUAAGUUAAUAUUUGAAGAAUUACGUAUAUGUCCGUAUGUCAUGCGCAUGUAUUUAUACCUAUUCACCAUCAAUACACAACUGUGAAACGAUAAUUUUCGCACUUCCAGUAUGUUAAAGUGGUGGAACUGUAAAGUAAUGAAGAAUACCUUGGUUUUCCUGAAGAAUCCGUUCCUAAGUGUCAGGUGACAACAGAAUAUGAAUACUGAAAAAAAUAUAUAUUUUAAAAUGAUGUAACUCCAACAAGUCCAUUCCAUACACACAAAACAAUGAAUUAUAGUUUUACAGCAGAAAACAAUGCAAUGUGUUACAAACCCCGUUUCCAUAUGAGUUGGGAAAUUGUGUUAAAUGUAAAUAUAAACGGAAUACAAUGAUUUGCAAAUCCUUUUCAACCCAUAUUCAAUUGAAUAUGCUACAAAGACAACAUAUUUGAUGUUAAAACUGAUAAACAUUUUUUUUUGUGGAAAUAAUCAUUAACUUUUUAAUUUGAUGGCAGCAACACGUGACAAAGAAAUUGGGAAAGGUGGCAAUAAAUAGUUGAGGAAUGUUCAUCAAACACUUAUAUGGAACAUCCCACAGAUGUGCAGGCUAUUUGGGAACAGGUGGGUGCCAUGAUUGGGUAUAAAAGCAGCUUCCAUGAAAUGCUAAGUAAUUCACAAACAAGGAUGGGGCGAGGGUCAACACUUUGUAAGCAAAUUGUCUAAAAGUUUUAGAACAACAUUUCUCAACGUGCUAUUGCAAGAAAUUUAGGGAUUUUACCGUCUAUGGUCCGUAAAAUCUUCAAAAGGUUUUAGAGAAUCUGGAAAAUUCACUGUUCGUAAGCGAUGAUAUCACGGACCUUUGACCCCUCAGGCGGUACUGCAUCAAAAACCAACAUCAGUGUGUAAAGGAUAUCACUACAUGGGCUCAGGAACCACUGUCAUAAAACCAAUGUCAGUAAAUACAGUUGGUCGCUACAUCUGCAAGUGCAAGUUAAAACUCUACUAUGCAAAGCGAAAGCCUUUUUUUAACAACACCCAGGAACGCCGCCGGCUUCGCUGGGCCCGAGCUCAUCUAAGAUGGACUGAUGCAAAGUGGAAAAAAAAGUGUACUGUGGUCUGACGAGUCCACAUUUCACAUUAUAUUUGGAAACUGUGGACGUAGUGUCCUCUGGAACAAAGAGGAAAAUAACCAUCCGGAUUGUUAUAGGCGCAGAGUUCAAAAGCCAGCAUCUGUGAUGGUAUGGGGGUGUAUUAGUGCCCAAGGCAUGGGUAACUUACACAUUUGUGAAGGCACUAUUAAUGCUGAAAGGUCCAUACAGGUUUUGGAGCAACAUAUGUUGCCAUCCAAGCAACGUUAUCAUUGACGCCCCUGCUUAUUUCAGCAAAAUGAUGCCUAGCCACGUGUUACAACAGCUUGGCUUCGUAGUGAAAGAGUGCGGGUACUUUCCUGGCCCGCCUGCAGUCCAGACCUGUUUCCUAUCAAAAAUGUGUGGCGCAUUAUGAAGCGUAAAAUACAACAGCGGAGACCCCGGACUGUUGAACGACUGAAGCUCUACAUAAAACAAGAAUGAGAAAUAAUUCCACUUUCAAAGCUUCAACAAUUAGUUUCCUCAGUUCCCAAAAGUUUAUUGAGUGUUGUUAAAAAAAAUGUGUUGUAACACAGUGGUGAACAUGCCCUUUCCCAACUACUUUGGCAUGUGUUGCAGCCAUGAAAUUCUAAGUUAAUUAUUAUUUGCAAAAAAAAAUAAUAAUAAUACAGUUUAUGAGUUUGAACAUCAAAUAUCUUGUCUUUGUAGCAUAUUCAACUGAAUAUGGGUUGAAAAGGAUUUGCAAAUCAUUGUAUUCCGUAAGGGAAUAAGGGGUAGAAAUGGAUGGAUGGAUGGAUGUAUUCCGUUUAUAUUUACAUCUAACACAAUUUCCCAACCCAUACGGAAACGAGAUGUGUAUAUAUUUAGGUUUCAAAGGAAUAGCGAUUGUUGAAGGACCAAAAUUGAUGCUGUGGCGCAUUUGCUUUCAUGUCGGUUGCGACUUUUAUUUUAUUUUGUAGUGGUAGCGACUUCCUCCCGGUCAACUUCCUUUGUUUUCACUUUAUCGAAGUGCACCGAAGGUUGAAUAAGUUAAAGUACCUCUGAUAGUCACACACACACACACUAGGUGUGGCGAUUAUCCUCUGCAUUUGACCCAUCCCCUUGUUCCACCCCCUGGGAGGUGACGGGAGCAGUGAGCAGCAGCAGUGGCUGCGCUCGGGAAUCAUUUUGGUGAUUUAAUUCCAACCCAAUUCCAACUCUUGAUGCUGAGUGCCAAGCAGGGAGGUAAUGGGUUAUAGGUCCCAUUUUUAUAGUCUCUGGUAUGUCUUUGGUCUUUGGUAUGACUCGGUUUGAACUCACGACCUACCGUUCUCAGGGCGAACACUCUAACCACAAGGGCGAGGGUCAGCAACCCGCGGCUCUAGAGACACAUGCGGCUCUUUAGCGCCGCCCUAGUGGCUCGCUGGAGCUUUUUCAAAAAUGUAUGAAAAAUGGAAAAAGAUGAGGGGAAAAACAUAUUUUUUGUUUUAAUAUGCUUUCUGUUGGAGGACAAACAUUACACAAACCUCCCUAAUUGUUAAUAAAAAGCAUACUUUUUUUAUCAAACAUGCCUCACUGAUUCGAGUAUUUGGCGAGCGCCGUUUUGUCCUACUAAUUUUGGUGGUCCUUGAACUCACCGUAGUUUGUUUACCUGUCUAACUUUCUCCGACUUUCUAAGACGUGUUUUAUGCCGCUUCUUUUUCCGUCUCAUUUUGUCCACCAAACUUUUAACGUCGUGCAUGAAUGCACAAAGAUGACUUUUGUUGACGUUAUUGACUUGUGUGGAGUGCUAAUCAGACAUAUUUUGGUCACUGUAUGACUGCAAGCUAAUCGAUGCUAACAUGCUAUUUAGAUUCAAUAUUGUUCAUUGUCAUAUGCACAGUUAAACAGACAGUUUGCCGUACGAUGAAAAUCUUACUUUGCUAGUCCACCCUUCAACAAGUCACACUGUACUUAGCUAAAAAUAAAACAUGUACAAACAAGGCACAGUAAGUAACAUAACAUUAUUGCACAUUCUGAUUGACAGUCAACAGUAUAAAUAUGUAGGUGACCAUGGGUCGGAGCAGCAGGUAAAGUGUUUUAGUGAUCAAAGGUGCUAGCUAUAUGUACAUAGGCUAGCUAUAUGUACAUAUUGAAUCAUUAUAUGUAAAUAUUGCAUCAUUAUGCCUCAUUUGUAGCUAUAUUUGAACUCACUUCCUUUAAGUCCUCUUAAUUCAAUUUAUAUCUCACGACAGUAUCUGUAUGUAAUAUGGCUUUUUAAAUAUUUGCGGCUCCAGACAUAUUUGUUUUUGUAUUUUUGGUGCAAUAUGGCUCUUUCAACAUUUUAUGUUGCCGACCCCUGACAAUGCCAUUGAGCGGGCAGGAGACGUCGAGAUCAAAUUGGGGCCACAUUGGAGCCACGUUGGGGCCUUUUGAUUGAUUGAUUGAUUGAUACUUUUAUUAGUAGAUUGCACAGUACAGUACAUAUUCCGUACAAUUG